AUGGCGACCUGCAUGAAGAUGCUUGGCGCUGCUGGACAGCUGCACAGAACUUGGGCUCUUGUUGUCAAACUGAAGUGUCCCGGAAGCAUCCGGCCCUUCCGGACCGACACAUCGGCCGUGAACCGGCUCAAGCUUCCACGGUUCUUCUCUAACAUUCCGCUCAGCACCACGAUGACAGCUGGCUGCAGGCUGACCGCCAGACCUCACAGGUGGAUGCGGGUCGGGGCCGUUCUCUGUGGAAGGACCGAGCUCCUCACACCGACCUCCUCACCCUACAGUAUACAGGACAGGAUGUACGGGAACCAGGCCAGCGGGGAGGACGGCGGAGACAGUGCAGGCUCUGGGGGAGAAGAGUCUGGGGGAGAUGGGGGAGUACCGUACAACGGAGCCCAGAUGACUGCUCUCACCCCCAUGAUGAUCCCGGAGGUUUUUCCGAAUGUGCCGCUGAUCGCUGUGAGCAGGAACCCGGUGUUCCCCCGCUUCAUCAAGAUCAUAGAGGUCAAGAACAAAGUGCUGAUGGAGCUGUUGAGGAGGAAGGUCCGUCUGGCUCAGCCGUAUGCUGGAGUCUUCCUGAAGAGAGAUGAUAAUAAUGAGUCAGAUGUGGUGGAGUCUCUAGGUGACGUCUAUUCUACAGGGACCUUUGUUCAGAUUCAUGAGAUGCAGGACCUGGGAGACAAGCUGAGGAUGAUCGUCAUGGGACACCGCAGGAUCCGGAUCACAAGACAGCUGGAGGUGGAGCCUGAGGAGGCGGCGACGCCCCCUGUGUGGUCUGAGUCAGAGUCCCCACCCAAACCUUCAUCGAGACGCAAAGCCAAACACAGCCGCAAGGACCAAGUGGGUCCUCUGAAGGAGCAGCUUGAGGACAAGAUUUCAGAAGCAGACAUGAGUCCAGAGCUUCAGCCUCUGCCCUCCCCCAACAUCCUGAUGGUGGAAGUGGACAACAUUCAACAUGAACAGUUCACUGUCACAGAGGAGGUCAAGGCGCUGACUGCAGAGAUAGUGAAGACCAUCAGGGACAUCAUCGCACUGAACCCCCUCUACAGAGAGUCGGUCCUCCAGAUGAUGCAGGCUGGUCAGAGAGUGGUUGAUAAUCCCAUCUACCUCAGCGACAUGGGAGCAGCUCUAACAGGAGCAGAAUCCCAGGAGUUACAAGACGUCCUGGAGGAGAUCAAUAUCCCGAAGCGUCUCUACAAGGCUCUGUCUCUGCUGAAGAAGGAGUACGAGCUGAGUAAACUGCAGCAGCGACUGGGCCGAGAGGUGGAAGAGAAGAUCAAACAGACCCACAGGAAGUACCUGCUGCAGGAGCAGCUCAAGAUCAUUAAGAAGGAGCUGGGUCUGGAAAAGGAAGACAAAGACGCUAUCGAGGACAAGUUUAGAGACAGACUAAAAGAGAGGAUUGUCCCACAGCACAUAAUGGACGUCAUCAACGAAGAACUCAACAAACUGGGACUGCUGGACAACCACUCCUCAGAGUUCAAUGUAACCCGUAACUACCUGGACUGGCUGACCAGCAUGCCCUGGGGCACCAAUAGUGAAGAGAACUUAUCACUGGCAAGAGCCAAAGAGGUUCUGGAAGAAGACCAUUAUGGGAUGGAUGAUAUUAAGAAGCGCAUAUUGGAAUUCAUAGCAGUGAGCCAGCUGCGUGGCUCCACCCAGGGGAAGAUCCUGUGUUUCUACGGUCCUCCGGGUGUCGGAAAGACCUCCAUUGCCCGCUCCAUAGCCAGAGCCCUCAACAGACAGUACUACAGGUUCAGCGUGGGAGGCAUGACUGACGUGGCUGAGAUUAAAGGACACAGGAGAACAUAUGUUGGCGCGAUGCCAGGGAAAAUUAUCCAGUGCCUGAAGAAAACCAAGACUGAGAACCCUCUGGUGCUCAUAGACGAGGUGGAUAAGAUAGGUCGUGGUUACCAAGGCGAUCCAUCCUCUGCCUUGCUGGAGCUUUUGGACCCUGAACAGAACGCCUACUUCCUCGACCACUACCUGGAUGUUCCUGUGGAUCUGUCAAAGGUUUUGUUUAUCUGUACGGCCAAUGUGAUUGACACCAUCCCAGAGCCUCUCAGAGACAGGAUGGAGAUGAUCAAUGUGUCUGGAUAUGUGGCCGAGGAGAAACUGGCUAUUGCUGAGCAUUACCUGGUCCCUCAGCUCCGCUCUCUGUGUGGUCUGACAGAGGAGAAAGUCUCAAUCUCAUCUGACGCCCUCAGUCUGCUCAUCAGGCAGUACUGCAGGGAGUCUGGAGUCAGGAAUCUGCAGAAACAAGUUGAAAAGGUUUUCCGUAAGGUGGCCUUCUGUAUUGUCAGCGGUGAACAAACCACAGUGAGUGUUACCCCGGACAACCUGCAGCUCUACGUGGGUAAACCUAUUUUCACAGUGGAUCGAAUGUACGAUGUCACUCCUCCAGGAGUCGUUAUGGGGCUGGCAUGGACUGCUAUGGGAGGGUCCACGUUGUAUAUCGAGACUUUACUGCGCCGUCCGGCCGACCCUAAAGGAGAGGGCUCACUGGAGGUUACAGGUCAGCUGGGUGAUGUUAUGAAGGAAAGUGCAAAGAUCGCUUCAACCUUUGCCAGAGCUUUCCUGAUGACUCAGGAACCAGAGAAUCACUUCCUGGUCAACUCCCACCUGCAUCUGCAUGUUCCUGAGGGGGCCACUCCUAAGGACGGACCAAGCGCUGGUUGCACUAUUGUUACAGCACUGUUGUCCCUGGCAACCAAGCGGCCGGUGCGUCAGAACGUAGCCAUGACUGGUGAAGUGUCACUGACUGGCAAAAUACUACCGGUAGGAGGAAUCAAAGAGAAAACUAUCGCUGCCCGUCGUGCAGGUGUGACCUGCAUCGUCCUGCCAGAUGAGAACAGGAAGGACUUCUCUGACCUGCCCGACUACAUCAGCCAAGGCCUGGAGGUCCACUUUGUGAAACACUACAGCCAGAUCUACCCAAUCAUCUUCCCGCAGGACCAAUCUUAACCUGCUUUUAACUACAACAAUAAAAUCGAGGAGGCAAGAUGGACCAACACUUCUUUUCAUGGCACUUUAGAACCAGAAACCUGUGUGUUGCAGCAUAACGGUGAUUGCCAUUCUGAUUGUAGUUGUAGUAAAUAUGCAGUUUGGAUCCCGAGGACCUGCUGUGGAGACUGGCGCUACAUUAUCUUUUCCAAACUCAUCCAGAGAAACAGCUGGCUCAGUGAUCACUCUCAUAUAAUUCAGUUUCAGCCACCACAGGACCCCCAAAUGUAGGAAGACCAUGUGAUCGAACACAACAUCACUGAACUGAAACUAUGCAGCCAACUGUAUCAAAGAUGGACAUACACAGUAAAGUCGUAGUGGUCAUGGGGAUGAUGAGCACUGGCCGGUCAUGACAGGAUAUGAUGUCAUUGAUGAGCAGAGAUGGGGUGGUGACGUGGCUGCCAGGGAGCCUCUUUGCCCACAGCUCUCAUUAUAUAGUGCUGUGGAUGGUGUCUUUAACAUAAUUCUUAUAUCAUUUUAUAUUAUUAUUAUUAUUAUUAUUAUUAUUAUUAUUGGCAGAUGUGAUGAUGAUUUUGAAAUAAAUUAAAUCAUAAAUGCAA